CUCUCCGUUUCCCCUCCACGCCCAGCUCUAGGUGAGACUCUUAAGGUACUUGGGCAGUUAAAAGGCCCCGCCUCCUUCUUCUCGGCCCUGGAGCUGGACCAGCUCUGGCUGCACCUACUUAAAGUGCUCAUUUUCAGGAUUGCAGUGACUGAUUCUGUGGCCUUGAGACAUCCACCUGCUUCUUCUCUAGGAUGAAGGUCUUCAUGCUAGUGCUGCUGUCUAUGCUGAUGGUUGGGGAACGAGCUCAUGCUCUUGUGUGUUUUUCAUGUACCAAGAAAAAAAGUUUGCUUGGUUGUUUGAAGCUCACCUUUUGUUCAGUAGAUGACAAAUACUGCAUUACACAAACAACCUCAAUAAACAUUGAUAACAAACAAAAACGCCUCAGCAAAUAUUGUUCUGCCGUCUGUCCAAAAGAAAGUCACAUCUCUGGGGUGACAGUUGUGAACACUCGAUGCUGCAAUAAGUCCCUGUGUAAUGUGUCCUCGAAUGAUGGCGGACUCCAGGCCAGCUCCUUGGUGCUGGGCCUGUCUGUGCUGUGCACUUUGCUUUCUACUCCAGGGAAGCCAGGUGCUUGAUGCUGCUCCCCUCAGCCUUCUUCGUUUUUGUCCAGCCUGCUCCAAAAUCCUCAGGCAAAGCUUCCUGAUUGUGAAUAGGAAGUUCCUUCAUCCUUCUCCUCAGCUCUUCCUCACCUUCCUAAUACCUGUAGGAGAUAAUGGCCUUCAGGAACUGAAUGUUUCUUUCUUCUCUCUCUUUUGUCCCUUGUCCUACUUCAUGUUGGGUGUUGAUCACUUGACCUAACCUUAGAUGCUUGAUUCCUUCAUGGGGAUGGAGGAUGGAGGAAGAUAAGUUCUAACUGUGGGAUCUCAGACAAGUAAAUGUAACCUCUCAAGGACACCUCUCCUCACUUGUAACAUAAAGGCCUUGGACUAGAUAAUCUAAAAAAUCCUCUCCCCUUCUUAAGUCUAUGGUCUUCUGAGAGAGUCUUGAAUCCUCAGGCUGUGUGGGUUUAGGAAUCAGGAGUGAGGGCUCAGGGAGAACACUAGGAGAUGAGAACAAAGAAAGUUAGAAUGGGAACAUCCUACACGUUUGUGAGUAGGGGGGUGACGUUUAUGUGCAUGUGUUUUCAGUGUACAUGUGUUACUGCACUUGCAUAUUAUUAACGAAUGAUUUGUAGAUGUGUGGUUAUGGAUGCUCUUGUCAUAAUAUGCCCAUGGGUAGACAAUUUUGCCUGGGCAGUUAUAAAUCUGUAUGAUUGUAUCUGUGGGGCCAUGUGGACUUCUGUUGAUUAUUUUUUAUGUUUUUUUUUUCCGUGUGUGUGUGUGUGUGUGUGUGUGUGUGUGUGUGUGUGUUUCCCCUCAGCAUGAAUGUGACCAUGUACACAUGUGUGUAUGGAAGUGGAUCAUCAUCUGACCAAGAUCUCUUCCAUUAGUCACCCCCAACAAUGGGCCUAAGGUAUGAAGCUUUCCUUCUGGUCUUGAUGUUGAGGGGGAAUUCGUGGGUCCUAUGGAGCCUCCAGGCUAGGAGAGGGAGGGAAACACACUGGGACCCAUUAUUUUCCUCUUUCUGGAUGUAGUUUUCUACAUUCAUGACUUUUCCUUCCUUCUCAUCUAAGAUGAAAUAUGCAAUUCAGCCUCCACCCAAUCUGGUGCCUCAAAUAAAGACAAAUGCUUUUGCUUUUC